AUGUGUAUGCGUUCGUCUAAUUCCCAAUUCCAACACAUUCGAUCUCAGGAACGACCCUGUCACAUUCUGUUGCAAAAUGAAAAUGGUCCCUGCCCUUUAUUGGCGGCCGCCAACAUUUUACUCCUCCAAGAUUCCAUCACAUUGCCUUCCAACUGCGUCGGCGCUGGUGUCAUUACCAUCGACGAGCUCUUGAACGUCUUGGCCGAAAAGAUUCUCACCAGCAAUACGACAGGCAACAGCGAUCAUCACAUUCAACAGGUCAUGAAUUUGUUUCCCACCUUGCAAUUUGGAAUGGACGUCAAUCCCAAAUUCACCGAAGGUCCCACUGGAGUCGAAUAUACUUCUGGAUUGGAUGCCUUUGAUUUGCUGCGGAUGGAAAUGGUCCACGGUUGGUUGUUGGAUCCCGAAGCACCGGAAUUUUGUUUGGUAAAAGACAAAACCUACAAUCAACUUGUCAACAAGGUCAUCGAAGGCAACGAUGCGGGUUCUGCAUUGGAAUUGGAACACCAACAACAGCAAAUACAACAACAACAACAAAGUGCAUUGGAUUUGUUGGAACAACAACAACAACAACAACAACAACAAAGUGAUGAUAAUGAUGAUCCAAAUACUAUGGAUACUGCACCACCGCCCAAUACUGCUAUGCUACUAGAGCAGCAACAGAAUCAACGAAAUGAGGAUCUAACAAAUGCUGCUACAACUACAACUACUAUUCCUUCUACGACUACUGCUGCUAGUAUUCAAUCGAAGAUUGACGAACUGUCAACCAAAGCCAACGAAGGAGCCAUCAUUCGUCAAUUUUUGGAGUCUUCGGGACAUCAACUGACCCAAUAUGGUUUGACCGUCCUACAUGAGUAUCUAAAGGAUGAUCAAAUGGCGGUCUUUUUUCGAAACAAUCAUUUCAAUUCCUUGUUGAAACAUCAAGGACAAUUGUACCUACUCAUUACAGACAUUGGAUACGCCAGUGUGGGAAACAUUGUCUGGGAAAAAUUGGAUGUCAUUGAUGGAGAUACGGAAUAUGUGACUCAAGACUUUACCAAGCCACCGCCCAUGCAACACCAUGAAGCAUCCAAUACCGCGAAUGGGGAACAAUUGGUGGCCAAUGAUUUGCAAUCUCAAGCGGAUUACCAAUUGGCAUUGCAACUCUCUCAAGAAACAACAACAACAACAACUCCAAAUGCCAAUGCCAAUUCUUCUACGCCACAACAGCAGCAACAGCAACAGCAAGCACAACCACCAACCGUGGCAUCGCUUCCAUCAUCAUCAUCAGCGGCAGCGGCGGCGGCUCCCACACCAACGCCGUCGGGUCCCAUACCACCCUCCUUUAAUGGACAAAAUAUUGCCAUGGCAGUUCCCACAGAUCUUAGUGUAUUGUCGGAAGAAGAACGAGAUCGAAUGGUUGCCAUGCAAUUGCAACAACAAGAAGAAUUGCAACAACAACAGCAACGUCAACAACAGGAAGCCAAUUCACACAAUCUGGCACUGCAAUUGCAACGUGAAGAAGAAUUGCAGCAACAACAACAACAACAACAACAGCAAAGUAGUAGUAGUAGUAGUAAUUCGGCACAAGCAGCAGCUGUCGCAAAUGCAAACAAUCCAAAACGAAAAGGAAAAGGGAAGGAUGGAGACUGUGUUAUUAUGUAG